AAAUCACACCGGUAUGUCACUGUUAUAUUUAGCUCCAGAUUUUUUGAGGAUUGUUAAGUUUAUUGGAGGUGACUAAGCAGACGGCCAGACACAUUAAGCACGAGUACUUUGCGAUGCAGAUGUCAUAAUUAAAGCAUACAGACACAUACAGGCACGCAAUAUCCAGAUGGGAUUUACAUAUCAAGCCCGCGAUCAUUUAAAAGUUUAAUCUCACCGCGCUAGGUAGGAUGGUAUAGCUGAUAAUAAAACACUUCUACAUAGACAUCGUGUUCACCUAUAUAAGGUACAAUAUAUCAUAAAAAAAACUCGCAUAAUAAUCGUGGCUGAAAUAUUCCUUGGAUUUCACACCCGGAUAUUUGUGGAUAGAACGCCAGGGCAAAAACGUGGAUUUAUUGUUCAAGCUGGCACCUAGUGUUAUUUAGUUAUUAACUAUUUCCCAAUAAAUGCAACUUGCACAACGAUAAAAUAACUAAAUUUGCAAUGUGUCAUUUGACAUUGAAGUGUGGUGGGUGUGAUAAAGGAUUAUACGACACGUCGGUAUGCAUUUAAGUGCCUUAAGUUAUUAAUUACUGCUAUCGUCAGAAAAUAGGUCAACUGUAUAAGUAUGGUACGCAUUCCUGUGAUUGUGCCGCUAAUGUAACCUUUCUCCGAUGGCACCCGAUUCUGUUAACCUUUAUCUGAUGGCACCAUUCAAUGCAAGCCAAUCUCAGAUGGUACCAAUCAAUGUUUGAGGAUGGCAGCAGACCGCAGCUCGGACUGGAACCAACACAGCGACCAUCAACCGUUCCUCGCGUUAAAAACGGCCACUACUCUGGUUGCAGCUGUUUGGUCUACGGACUCCGUUUACGGUCUGACGGGUGCCAUGCUGGCGGCAGUGUUCGCCUCGGUGACGUAUGAAUGCCUCUCUGAGUAUCUCCUGCACCUGCGACGGGCCGCGCGGGCUAAGAAAAACAACUCCACGUGUUGCGGACAGCCCGUGGUCUCGUGCGGCGAGAAGCUUGGACAGACGGUAAUCCAUGUGAUGCGCGUGUUGUUCGCAUAUUUCUUGAUGCUUUGUGUAAUGACGAUGAACGUCUGGCUCAUGAUUUCCGUGUUCGUCGGAGCCGCUGUCGGCCACGGCGUCGGGAAGCCGAUAGUCGCCAACGGGACCCACGACGCUAUCAGUUCCCAUGGCUACGACAGCGUCGGCGUUAGCUUUAACGCCGCUCGUCGAAACAGUAAGAGGACGGAACGGUCUCUGUCGUGGCGUUACCAGCCUAUCAACAUGAUUAACCCGGACCAUUUGAUCCGGCCCGGAAAACGUGGAUCCGAUUCUGUGUUCGGAGAUGUUGAUGACAGGCAAAUUGUUCGUAAUUCAAAGUUAAUAGUUAAACCGAAUAACGGUGAUGGCGGCGUGAAUCUUGUGUGGCUAAGAAAAAGUUCUGAGAAUUUACAAUCACUGUCCAGCGAACAUUCGAAUAUGCACGACACCAAGCAAGUCCGUCAUCAUCAUGACUCGUCCCAGUCAUGUCCUAACGACAUACUCGACGAGAGUUCCAAGUCAUUGACUGAUAGUGCUUCCAGUUCUGUUCGCAGAUUUAAACCCACAAGCAAGGUUAUUAAUGACUCUUUUCGUUCAUCUCGGAGUACUAGUGGAAUUUCUAGACAAAACUCGUCCUCUAGUUCUCUCCAUAUUCAAGUGAUUCAAGGCUCACCAAAUGUGUCAACAUUUCGUUCGCACAAACAUAGCUCGGAUGUGAAUGUUCUGCGCGCGCAAUCUAAUUCGCCGGAAGUGACACUAAGAAGUGGUAGUUCAGUGAAUCGAAGCGUGUCGUCUACCUCUGGUCGAUUCAAACCAGCCAGCCAAAACAUACGGAAACUUACAUCAUUUAAUGGCAGUGACCGCGUAUAAUAGAAGACGCGUUCUUAUCGCUCAAACGAUGCAUAAUAAAAGGAAACGGAUAACUGUUUGAAAUAUUUUUCAAAGUAUUUCACGCGAUAAUUAUGUACGAUCACAGGUGGUUAGCGUGUGGCUAUGAUAUUAAUUAGUGAAAAGAUCGUUUUGAAUGAUAAAUUAUCAUAUUAUAACGAAAAAUCAACUUUUUUGAAAAAAAAUUACUAUCAAAUAUACAAUGUAUAUUUAACAAGGUAUCCAACUCGAAUCACCCGAAAACGGGGUGCAUCGUUUUGAACAGCCAUUACUUCAUCAAUUGUGCAGCGAUUUUCACAAUCUUGGUCUUAUUCAACGCAGAAAUGAAUUUCCUUUCUGGAAAUGUAUAUGUCUUUCAAUAUUUUUAACAAAUACUGAGUCAACUUUUAAGAAAUAACACGAUACACAACUCGCGUGACCCAGUUUACAUCGAUCAGACCGUAUUUAUGAUUGAAAUCUUCACGGAGUAAAGGGCAUUUUCCCUGCAAAGUUCACGGACCUCGAUACCAUAAUUCAAUAAAACGCGUGAAAAAAACAUUCCUACCGUACUUGUCGUUGCAUUAUGCAUCAAGACUAACUGUCCAGCGCCGUUUGAAACCUUUGUUUACAUACAUUUCAACUGACAUUUUAAACACACGAGUGAUUUCAUUGGUCCAAUGCGAAGGUGUGUCUUUACAACUGGAGAUUUCAUUCAUAAAUACGGUCUAAUCAUUGUCAAGUAGGUCAAGCGAAUUGUGUAUCGUGUUAUUUCUUAAAAUUUGACCCAGCAUGUGUAGAAAAAUAACAAGGUAUAUACAUUUCCAGAAAGGAAAUUCAUUUCUGCGAUGAAUAAGACCGGGUUCAUGAAAAUCGCUGCAAAAUUGAUGAAGUAAUUGAUGUGCAAAACGAUACACCCUGUUUUCGGGUGAUUUCGAGUUGGAUACCUUGUUAUAUAUAUAUUUGAUAGUGAUUUUUUUUUCAGAAAAGUUAAUUUUUCGUUAUUAUAUGAUAAUUUAUCAUUCAAAGUUAUGUUUUCACUAAUUAAUAUCAUAGCCACACGCUAACCACCUGUGUGUACGAUUAAAGCAUUUCGUUGAGACAAAUGACACAGUUCGUUUAUUCGGUGCGUAUUUUGUAUAUAAUUAAAUUCAUUUAACUGGUUUCGAUAACAGUUUAAAACAGUUUGUUAAUCUCGCUUCUUUAACUUACAAUGUAUUUUAUUUUUUGAUUGCUCACUUACGUAUAAUUGUUUUUUUUAUUCCGUUCAGUUUAUGUCAGUCGACAAAAGAGCGGAAAUGGUGUUCAUUGAUUAUUGUGUGUAUGUACACGUACUAGUAUUACAGUAUCAUUGUCAUUAGAGUAUUUAUUCAAAACCCACAUUAAUAGCAUUUAUUAUCAAUUUCUUAUUUUUAUAAACAUAAUACUCUAGAUAGUUUAUGCGAAUUUAUCAAAUAAAUAUUGUAAUUUAUCAAUGUA